UUCUGGGUAUUUUGGUUUCCUUUCUGAGCAUUUUGGUUUGCUCUCUGCAAGCACCCAUGGAUUGACACCUCGAGGGCUGGCUGAGUGUCCCUGUGCCGCCGGAGCUGUCCCCAAGCUGUCCCCAAGGCCACGCCUCUGCCAUGGCACCGCCAGGCACAGAGUCCUGAAGGUGCCCCCACCCUGCUGCCAGCCGAGAUGGGAACCUCUGGGAAAACCUAAACUGCCAAAAGCACGUGGGGCAAGGACAGGGAUCCCCGAGAGCCUGGGGGUGCCCAGCAUGACAGCGUGCCAGUACCCCAUGGCGCCAGGGGCCCUGGAGCGGGACCGGCUCUACCAGCACAAGGUGUCCCUGGUGGUGAGGUAUUUCAUGAUCCCCUGCAACAUCUGCCUCAUCCUGCUGGCCACCUCCACGCUGGGAUUCGCCGUGCUGCUCUUCCUCAAUAACUACAAACCCAACAGUUACUUCACGCAGACGCCGCCGCCGCCACGGGAUGGAUGCCGGGGGAUGCUCUGCGGGUUCGGGGCCGUGUGCGAGCGCAGCCCCUCGGAGCCAGGCCAGGCCUCGUGCGUGUGCAGGAAGGGUCCCUGUGCCCCCGUGGUGGCCCCGGUGUGCGGCUCCGACCACUCCACCUACAGCAACGAGUGCGAGCUGGACAGGGCCCAGUGCAACCAGCAGAGGAGGAUCAAGGUGGUCAGCAAGGGACCCUGCGGCUCCAAGGACCCCUGUGCCGAGGUGACGUGCAGCUUUGGCAGCACGUGUGUCCCCUCCCCUGACGGCCAGGGCGCCAAGUGCGUGUGCCCCUCGUCGUGCAGCGGCGUCCCCGAGAGCCCUGUGUGCGGCAGCGACGGCCGCGACUACCGCAGCCAGUGCCACCUCAACAAGCACGCCUGCGACAAGCAGGAGAACGUCUUCAAGAAGUUCGAUGGCCCCUGUGACCCGUGCCAGGCCGUGCCGAGCGAGCCGGGCCGCGUGUGCCGGGUGAACCCGCGGACGCGUCGGGCGGAGCUGCUGCCCCGGCCCGAGGGCUGUCCCCCGGGCAGGGACCCCGUGUGCGGCGACGACGGCGUCACCUACGAGAGCGAGUGCGCCAUGGCCCGCUCGGGCGCCAUCCGCGGCAUGGACAUCCAGAAGGUGCGCUCGGGGCAGUGCCAGCCGCAGGACCAGUGCCCGGAGCCGUGCCGGCUGGGCGCGGUGUGCCUGAACCGGCGCGGGGCCGCGCGCUGCUCCUGCGAGCGCAUCGCCUGCGACGGCGCCUUCCGGCCCCUGUGCGCCCGCGACGGCCGCACCUACGGCAGCGACUGCCAGCGGCGCCGCGCCGAGUGCCUGCAGCAGCAGCACAUCCCCACGCGCCACAGCGGGCCCUGCGACCUGGGUGCUCCCAGCCCCUGCCUGAGCGUGGAGUGCUCCUUCGGGGCCACGUGCGUGGUGAAGAACCAGGAGGCCGUGUGCGAGUGCCAGCAGCAGUGCCAGGGCCGCUACGACCCCGUGUGCGGCACCGACCAGCGUAGCUACGGCAGCGCCUGCGAGCUGCAGGCCAUGGCCUGCCUGCUGCAGAGGGACAUCGGCGUCAGGCACAAGGGGCCCUGCGAGCCCUGCGGGAAGUGCCAGUUCGGUGCCAUCUGCGAGGCGGAGACGGGGCGCUGCGUGUGCCCCACCGAGUGCGUGCCCUCGGCGCAGCCCGUGUGCGGCACCGACGGCAACACCUACGGCAGCGAGUGCGAGCUGCACGUCAGGGCCUGCACCCAGCAGAAGGACAUCCUGGUGGCUGCCCAGGGCCCCUGCAAGUCGUGUGGCAGCUCGGUGUGCUCCUUCGGCAGCCGCUGCGUGGCCGGGCAGUGCCUGUGCCCGCGCUGCCAGCGCCAGCCCCCGGCGCCCGUCUGCGGCACCGACGGCGUCACCUACGGCAGCCCCUGCCAGCUGCAGGAGGCCUCGUGCCAGCUGCAGAGGAGCAUCGAGGUGGCCAGGAUGGGACCCUGCGAGGACGAGUGUGGCUCGGGGGGCUCGGGCUCGGGGGAUGGCAGUGACUGCGAGCAGGAGCGCUGCCGCCACUUUGGGGGCUGGUGGGACGAGGACGCCGAGGACGAGCCCUGCGUCUGUGACUUCACCUGCGCGGCCGUGCCCCGCAGCCCGGUGUGUGGCUCUGACGGCGUCACCUACGCAAACGAGUGCGAGCUGAAGAAGACGCGGUGUGAGAAGCGCCAGGAGCUCUUUGUCAGCAGCCAGGGAGCCUGCCGGGCCCUGGCCACCACCCCGCCACCCCUGCUGGUCGUGCACUGCAGCCAGAGCGUCUACGGCUGCUGCCCCGACAACGUCACCCUGGCGCUGGGCGUGGGAGCUGCUGGAUGUCCCAGCACGUGCCAGUGCAACCCCUACGGCUCCUACGGCGGCUCCUGUGACCCGGGCACGGGGCAGUGCUCCUGCAAGCCCGGCGUGGGCGGCCUCAAGUGCGACCGCUGCGAGCCCGGCUUCUGGAACUUCCGCGGCAUCGUCACCGACGGACGCAGCGGCUGCACCCCGUGCCACUGUGACCCCGUGGGCUCGGUGCGGGAUGACUGCGAGCAGAUGUCGGGGCUGUGCUCCUGCAGGACGGGCAUCACGGGCAUGAAGUGCACCCAGUGCCCCGACGGCAGCACCCUGGGCACCGCCGGCUGCCACAAGGACCCCUCAGCCCCCAGGUCGUGCGAGGAGCUGAGCUGUGACUUCGGGGCCUCGUGCGUGGAGCUCAACGGCUUCGCCCACUGCGAGUGCCCGUCCCCGCUGUGCCCUGAGGCCAACACCACCAAGGUGUGUGGCUCUGAUGGUGUCACCUACGGGGACCAGUGCCAGCUGCGGACCAUCGCCUGCAGGCAGGGCCAGCACAUCACGGUCAAGCACGUGGGGCAGUGCCACGAGUCCAUCGCGCACACGAUCUCCCCGGCGUCCCCCACGCCGCUGCCCACGGUGCCCCCGGAGCUGCCCGCGCCCCCUCGGGCCACCCCGCGCUCCCCCCUGCCCACCGGGGCGGCCACCGGCCCGUCACCGCCGCCAGCCAGGCCCACGGAGCGAGGCCACCCCACCACCAGGCGUGUGACAACGGCCAGGCCGGCCACCACCACGGCCUGGGUCACCCACGGCGUGCACAAGGCCACCGUCCGCCCGCUGGCCACCGUGCCCGUGGUGGCGGCCACCAGCCAGCCCGGCUACGGCGAGUCCGGCAGCGCCGAGGGCAGCGGGGACCAGGACAUGGGCGCCAGCGGGGACCAGGAGGCCAGCGGGGCGGGAUCUGCCGGUGAGGAGGAGCCUGACGAGGGCCAGGUGACAGCCACGCCUGCCAUCGAGAGGGCCACAUGCUACAACAGCGCCCUGGGCUGCUGCUCCGACGGCAAAACCGCAGCCGCCGACGCCGAGGGCACCAACUGCCCCGCCACCAAGGUGUUCCAGGGAGUGCUGAUCCUGGAGGAGGUGGAGGGCCAGGAGCUGUUCUACACCCCGGAGAUGGCCGACCCCAAAUCCGAGCUCUUCGGGGAGACGGCGCGCAGCAUCGAGAGCGCGCUGGACGAGCUGUUCCGGGGUUCUGAUGUCAGGAAGGAUUUCAGGAGCAUCCGAGUGCGGGACCUGGGCCAGAGCAGCGCCGUCAGGGUCAUCGUGGAGGCCCACUUUGACCCAGCCACGUCCUACACGGCCGCCGAUGUGCAGGGGGCCCUGCUGAAGCAGCUCCGGGCUGCCAAGAGGAAAACCAUCCUGGUGAAGAGGCCCCAGCAGGAGCACAUCAAAUUCAUGGAUUUUGACUGGAUCCCCCGGCUCUUCACCACCACGGUCACCACCACCACGGCCACCACCAUGGCCCCUGGCACCACGCGCAGGGUGCCCGCGGCCACCGCGGCCCUGGGGCAGCACGGGGAGCCCGCAGGCAGCCCCGGCCCCGUGGGCACCACCCGCAGCCCUGGCGGCAGCAGCAGGAGGGGGAAGCCCACCCAGCUGCCCCCUGGCACCCCCCUGGCACGGCCCUGCGAGUCCCAGCCCUGCCUGCACGGUGGCACCUGCCAGGAGGACGGGCAUCACUUCACCUGCAGCUGCCCCGCGGGCACAGGAGGGGAUCUCUGUGAGAAAGCCCCGAGCGGGUCCAUCCCCAGUUUCGGGGGCAGCUCGGUGCUGGCGUUCCGGACCAUGCGCGCGUACCACACCGUCAGGAUCUCCAUGGAGUUCCGCGCGCUCGAGCCCCGCGGGCUGCUGCUCUACAACGCCCAGCGCCACGGCAAGGACUUCAUCUCCCUGGCGCUGCUCGGGGGCUUCGUGGAGCUCAGGUUUGACACGGGCUCUGGCACAGGCACGGUCGCCAGCCGGGUGCCGGUGGAGCCGGGGCGCUGGCACCGGCUGCUGGUGACGCGGAACCGGCGCACGGGCACGCUGGCCGUGGACGGGGAGCCCCCAGUGAGCGGGCACAGCCCCCCGGGCACCGACGGGCUCAACCUGGACACCGAGCUCUUCAUCGGGGGAGUGCCCCACGAGCAUAUGGCGCUGGUGGCGGAGCGCACGGGUGUCACCGGCGGCCUGCGGGGCUGCGUGCGGGCCCUGGCCAUCAACAACCGCGGGCACGAGCUGCACCCGGGCUCUGCCGACGUGCUGUACGCCACGGCCGUGGGCCAGUGUGGCACCGACCCCUGCCAGCCCAGCCCCUGCCACCACGGCGGCACCUGCCAUGCCAGGGAGGCCGACAUGUUCCACUGCCAGUGCCCCGAGGCCUACACAGGCCCCACGUGUGCCUUCGAGAGGAACCCGUGCGAGCCCUCUCCGUGCCACGCCUCUGCCACCUGCCUGGUGCUGCCCACCGGGGGAGCCCUGUGUGCCUGUCCCAUGGGCCGUGAGGGGGACCUGUGCGAGCGAGUGACAGAGCAGGACCAGUCCGUGCCCUUCCUGCCCGAGUUCAACGGCUUCUCCUACCUGGAGCUCAACGGGCUGCAGAGCUUCGUGCCCGACCUGCAGGACAAGAUGUCCAUGGAGGUGGUGUUCCUGGCCAAGAAGCCCAGCGGGAUGAUCUUCUACAACGGCCAGAAGACCGAUGGCAAGGGGGACUUUGUGUCCCUGGCACUGCACGAGGGACACCUGGAGUACAGAUAUGACCUGGGCAAAGGGCCAGCCCUGCUCAGGAGCAAGGAGCCCGUGCCCCUGGACACGUGGGUCAGUGUCCUGCUGGAGAGGAGCGGCCGCAAGGGCGUCCUGAGGGUCAACAACGGCCAGAGGGUCACGGGGGAGUCCCCGAAAUCCCGUAAGGUGCCUCACAUGGUGCUGAACCUGAAGGAGCCCUUCUACGUGGGGGGAGCCCCCGACUUCUCCAAGCUGGCUCGAGCAGCUGCCAUCUCCAGCGGCUUCGAGGGAGCUGUGCAGAAGAUCUCCGUGGGUGGCGUGCCCGUGCUGAAGGAGGAGAACAUCCGCAGUGCCAGGGAGGUGUCCCCGUUCCGGGGGCACCCCUGCACCCAGAAACCCAACCCGUGCCAGCACGGGGGCACCUGCAGCCCCAGCCUGGGCAGCUACCAGUGCUCCUGCCACAGGGGCUUCUCGGGGGCACACUGCGAGAAAGUGAUCAUCGAGAAGGCAGCGGGGGACGCCGAGGCUGUGGCCUUCGAUGGCCGCACGUACCUGGAGUACCACAACAGCAUCACCAAGAGUGAGAAGGCCCUGCAGUCCAACCACUUUGAGCUGAGCAUCAAGACAGAGGCGACGCAGGGGCUGCUGCUGUGGAGCGGGAAGGGGCUGGAGCGCUCGGACUACAUCGCCCUGGCCAUCGUGGACGGGCGCGUGCAGCUCAGCUACGACCUGGGCUCCAAGGCCGUCACCCUGCGCUCCAGCGUGCCCGUCAACACCAACCAGUGGGUGCACAUCAGGGCCUCCAGGGUGCAGAGGGAAGGCUCCCUGCAGGUUGGGAACGAGGCCCCCAUCGCCGGCUCCUCUCCCCUCGGGGCCACCCAGCUGGACACGGACGGGGCGCUGUGGCUGGGUGGGCUGGACAAGCUGAGCGUGCCCCAGCGCCUGCCCAAGGCCUUCAGCACGGGUUUCGUGGGCUGCAUGCGGGACGUGCUCGUGGACCGGCGGGAGCUGCACCUGCUGGAGGACGCCCUGAACCAGCCCCGGAUAUUGCACUGCUCGGCCAAAUAGAGCCCA